UGCCACGUCAGCAGCAGGGAGUGCCACGUCAGCAGCCCUCUGGCCUGGUCUAUGCUUACGCGCUCACAAACAGUCGCCAUGGAUCAGAAGGCCGGGGAAACGGCCGCGGCCUAUCAGACCCGGAUGCUGGCUUGGAGUACCGAAGCCAAGCAACGGGCGGACGCAGUAGCAGUCGCAGAAAAGAAGAAGGCAGAGGACGCCGAACAGGCACGUCUGUUGGCAAUCGAACAGCAGCACCAGCACGACGAGGCAACAGCAAAGGCUGCCGAUGAAGAACGAACUCAACGACGUGAGAAGAUAUUCAACGGGGAGCAAGCUUUGCUCACAAUGGCAGCGGACUGGCGGGGUGAGGCCGAGAAUGGUAAGAUGGAAGAGAGUGAAAGCAAGAUCGCUCUACUCCUCUCCAAUAUCACGGAUCUCCUGGCGACGUGCAUUGCACAGCAGGGGGACAUCCACAACCUCGACGCCGCGGUUCAGAUGCACAAAUGGGCGAUUGAUCAAGUCAACAACGGCCUCCAGCAGCUGCAGCAACAAUCUGUCACCGCCUCCGUUGCCAACUCUUCCAACACCUCCGAUCGCCUCGAGGCAUUGGAGAUUGACGUCGGAUCCCUCAAGGACGGCGUGUUGUUACAGCAAACCGCAACGCAUCAGUUAGAGCAGCGGAUCUGUACUGCCGCCAACCACUCGAGCUCGGAACCGCGCGAGAAAACUCCAAAGUUCGAUGGGCAGGAGAUCUUCUACAACUCGACGAAGACGGACCCGAUUCCAUGGUUCCGCAAGUUCGAGCUCACAUUGCAGCUACACUACGUCAAAGAACACAAGCACCACGCAUACUUAUACUCCCGCUCGGGAGGCGCGUGCCAAGCAUGGUUGGACAGUCUCUUGUCCAAGUACGGAGUGGUGGCUGCCGACUUGCAUAGCAAAAUCAGCUGGGAUGAUCCAAAGGCGGCGUGGCAUAAGCGGUUCCAGGUAGAGCCGCUAGAGAUCAAGGCAAUGGACAAGUUGAUGGUCUUCGAACAAGGCACGCUGCUAAGUCACAAGGCGAACUGCGACAAGUGCGAAUUUGUCCGGCAAGAGCUGGAAUACUUGGGCCAUUUUGUCACAUUGGAGGGCAUUAGUCCGCUGUCGGACAAGAUUCAAGCCAUCCAAGAGUGGCCGGAGCCGUGGAACGUCACGGAUGUCCGUUCGUUCCUUGGCCUUGCCGGCUACUACCAACGUUUUAUCAAGGGAUACUCGAAGAUUGCGGCCCCCUUGUCCAAGCUUCAAUGUGAGGAUCGGUCGUUUGACUUCGGACAAGAGGCGGGGGAAUCAUGUUUGGCUCUCAAAGCCGCGCUAUUAUCUGCGGAGGUCUUGAGCAUAUACGACCCGUUAUUGCCAAUGCGUGUUACUACCGAUGCGUCCAGCUAUGGCAUUGAGGCCAUCCUCCAGCAACACGAUGGCGUAGACUGGCACCCGGUCGAGUACUUCAGCAAGAAAGUGUCCGUCGUGCAUUCCAUUGAUGAUGCACACAAGAAGGAGCUCCUUGCCUUCGUCCACGCGCUCAAGCGGUGGCGGCACUUCCUCCUUGGUCAAAGUCAAUCCCAAUGGGUGACGAACAACAAUCCAUUGGUCUUCUACAAGACCCAAGACACCGUCAAUAGCACCACCGCCCGUUGGAUGGCUUUCAUUGACCAAUUUGACUUCUUUCCCGAUCACAUUCCCAGGAGGUCGAACCGUUUUGCGGAUGCUCUUUCACGACGUCCGGAUCAUUGUACCGUGGUCUAUUCAACCUUCGAGAUCGAUGACGACCUGCGGAACAGCUUCAUCCGCGGUUACCAAGCCGACCCCGAGUUUCGCGACAAGUACGCGAAUUGCUCCUCUCCCAAUCCGGCACCUUCUCACUACCGGAUCCAAGAGGGCUAUUUGCUUGUCCACACACGGGGAAAGGACCUUCUUUGCGUACCAAGUGACCCUCACUUGCGUACACGGAUUCUUGGCGAGUUCCACGAUGCUCCCGCCACCGGACACUUUGGAGUCAAUCGCACGAUUGGCCGACUUCGCGAGCGAUUUUGGUGGCCCGGCCUUCUCGGCUACGUCACACGCUAUUGCAAGUCAUUCGAGGUUUGUCGACGUUGCGAAUCCCGCAACCAUCCUCCGUAUGGCGAGUUGCGACCGUUACCGGUUCCCUUGCGGCGAAGGGAAGCGAUUGCCAUGGACAUUACCAGCCCGUUUCCCAAGCACAAGACCGGAGUGGAUGCGAUUCUCACGGUGGUCGACCGACUCACCAAGUUCGCCACGUUUUUGCCUUGCCGCGAUCAUGCCAAGGCACCGGAGUUGGCCGAGGAGGGAUUGAAGCCCGAUGACGCGAAGGUGGCCAGCAUUCGUGACUGGCCGCGUCCUCAGUCUUUGGCUGAGAUGAGGUCGUUCUUAGGGAUGACCGGCUACUAUCGUAACUUUGUAAAGAACUAUAGUAUAGUGGCCGCCCCUUUGACUGACUUGACCCGCCUUGACACCCCAUGGGAGUGGACAGACAGGUGCGAGGUUGCUUUCAGACACCUGAAGCAAGCAUUGACGCAUCAUGAGGUCUUGAAACUUCCCGAUCCUGACAAGUCAUUCAUAUUAACCACGGAUGCCAGCCAAUAUGGCAUAGGCGUCGUGCUCGCGCGGCAGGAGGGGCCAAAGUUGAGGCUAGUUGAGUACAUGUCCAAAAAGAUGCCCUCUCAGAAGUUGGCUAAGUCCACCUAUGAGAAGGAGCUCUAUGCGAUCUACAAGGCGCUCACCCAUUGGAGGGACUAUCUCCUUGGGAGGUUCUUCUACGUCAGGACUGAUCACCAGACCCUGAAGUGGAUGAGAACCCAGCUUGUGCUCGAUGACGCUUUGAAGCGUUGGAUUGAAGUCAUAGAGCAGUAUGACUUUGAGCCCCAGUACAUCAAGGGCGAGUACAACAAGGUUGUUGAUGCAUUGUCGAGUAGACUAGAUUUCUCCGGUGCGCUGCUCACUGAGUUUGGGCUUGCAGACGAUGUUACUCGCUCUAUGGUGGAAGCCUACCGCGAGGAUCAGUUUAUGUCCGAGAUCAUUCGCAGACUCGAGGUGAAGGACAAAAUCACUUCUGCCGAGUUUGAGUUGGUCAACGGCCUGUUGUUCCUUGAGAAGGCCGGGAAUAAAUGUUUGUGUGUUCCCAAUAGGGAGUCUUUGCGUGGUUUAUUUUUAGGUGAGUGUCAUGAUGCCACCGGACAUUUUGGCUUCAAGAAGAUGGCAGCCAAUCUGCUGCAGCGGUUCUGGUGGCCCACGAUGGUGAGAGAUGCCAAGCUGUACGUGGAGACUUGCCAGGUCUGUCAAAGAGACAAGCCCCGUACACAGGCCCCUCUUGGGUUCCUCAAGCCCCUUCUGAUACCGGAAAGGCCCGGUGAGAGCCUGUCCAUGGACUUCAUGGACACACUGGUCACCAGCAAGAGUGGAAUGAGACACAUCUUUGUCAUUGUGGAUAGGUUUAGUAUGUAUGCUAGGUUAGUUGCAAUGCCAGAAACAGCAAAGACUGAGUACGUCAUUAGGCUAUUCAAGGAGAACUGGGUCAGAGAUUUUGGAUUACCAAAGUUCAUCGUGAGUGACCAGGAUGUCAGAUUCACUAGCGAGUUAUGGAAGGCUGCAGCUGCAGAACAGGAGACACAGCUGCAAAUGACCCAAAGGCCAACGACCAGGCAGAGCAGCUGAACCGCGCUGUACACUAGAAUUUGCUUAUCGAUAUAAACAAACGAUGCAGCUGGCAGUGGAACAAAUGCUGAAAGCACAG